UAAAACGUGCAUUUAACUCACCAGUUGAGGUUUUAGGUCAAAAGUGUAAUUAAAUCAUAAACAAAGUUAUAUAGUUUGGAAAUAAUUCCAUUUGCUGAAAAUCAUAAAGUGUUUGACAUUUGGGAUCCCAAAAUACCGUUUAAAAAUAUUUACAGCAUAUAAGUACAACAAAGUCGGCUAGACGUCAAAAUCUAGGUUUUAAUACAAUCAUCUCUCAAAACCACUGGCUGUGGCAGCCAGGCAGGCCAAACAUGUACGCGCUGCUUCACGCUCUCCGUACUCAUGGUUGGUUGACUUUCCCCUUGCCCUUACCUGCACCACAGAGCACCCAUGAGCCAAAGCCCAGCAAGAAAACCUUCACAAGAUGAAAACAUAUGCAUAACAAACACUUAGCAUAUAAACAGGCCAUCAAUAGGCUAAACACAUACGACCAUGCCGUCCUAGGCGCUUUACCAGGCCUUGGGUUUGCGGUCCAUACCAUAAGGAUAUCCCAGGUAUCCUUUAGGGUCUCACCCUGGUAACUCGUACUCCACGUGCUAAACGCUGCACCCGGCCCCUUGCCGCACUCGACCUUGCACUCUACGUGCCUAACGCCAUUCCCGACCUUGCCGACCUCGGCCUGCGCCGUUCCCGGCUCUUGCCGAACAUUUACACAUUUGCAUUCAUAGCAUAAUAAAGCAUAUACUGAACACGAACAAAUUCAAUCAAAGGGCUACGCCCUGAAAUACAAUCAUAUGGGGCUCUGCCCUGCAUACAAACUGUAUGGGAACAGUGGUUUUCUUACCUGCGUCCCAAGCUUUCCAAGCACCGAUGUCCCGAGCACAGUUCCCUAGUCCGAGCCUCGCCGAAGCCCUAGUCACAACACAUUAACAAUAUCCACCUAUCAAACUAUAAUCCAAUAAAUAACCUCAAACCAUAAUUCUAAUCCAAUUAUAUCAAUCCAGGUGAUAAAUCCAUCCCGAGCCUUAACUAGUGAAUUCCUGAGCCUAAAACCUCUUAAAAACCCAAAAGUACCUUAAGCACCGCGACCCUAGGUUCUCAUGCCGCGGCCCCCAGCUCAACUUGAGGCGUUGCCUCAAAAUUGCCCACACGCGCUGCGACCCUUCCUGAAGGGCACCGCGGCGCGCCUCCAAUUCCUGACGCCCCAAGUUCAAAGGGGCUACAGCUCAGCAAGAGCAGAGCCGCGACCCAACCCCUCGAACCCAGAAAAACUCAUCAUUUUCACCUCGAAAACCAAUCCAAUUACCCCCAAAAUCAAGCCAACAGUCCAGACUAAUUAUCACAAAGGUUCUAUGACAAUCUCAGCAUCAAAACCUAACAAAGACUAGCCCCAAAAUUCAGCCAAGCAAUCAAGAACAAAUCUAAACUUAGCUAACAUGCAAACUCUGAAAAUAUACCAGCAGCUAUUCAGUACAAACUACUAAGAUUUAAGCUUACCAUUGCUAAAUUAUGCUUCUGAGCUAAUCUUCUAGGUUCCAAGCUUCAAUUCUCCAAAGCUCCAGCUUGAAUCUCUGAAUUUUCCUAGCUCAUUUCCUCAAGGUUUCCCCCUUAGUGUGGUUUUGAAAAAGAAAGAGAGAAAGGCAGAGGCUUGAGUCGGUUUCUCCAAGUUUCCCAAUAUUUCCUCUGUUUUGUUUUAUUUAACUUAAGCUUUAAGGUUACCUCAAAGCUCGGGGUACCAAAAACGUCCCCGAGGGAAAAAUGGUAAAUUUCCCCAAUAUUCUCUCCUAGACAUUCUAACCUCAAAUAUAUCUCCAAAUAUUUAUUUCCAUAACUCGAUAACCCCAUAAAACAUCUAAUACCAAAAAUACACCUCGACUCGCCUUGAGUCGGAUUCUCAACCCCGUUGUGACUUUCUGGCUAACUGCUCCCUAGGACUGUCUCGGAUCGUGCUACACAGAUAUAUCACAAACAUAUCACAUUUAUCACAUAUGCACAUAAAUUCAUAUAUUAUAACAAUAAUUCACUUAUUGCCCACCAGGCACGCUAAUCAAGGCCCUAAGCCCUAUUGGCAAAUUUGGGUCGUUACAACUAUCCCCUCCUUACAGAAAUUUCGUCCUCGAAAUUACCUAAAUAACUCGGGAUACUGCUCCCUCAUCUCUGAUUCAAGUUCCCUCGUCGCCUCCUCAACCUUGCUUUUCCUCCACAACACUUUCACCAAGGCGAUGGUCUUGCUCCGCAAGACUUUAUCCUUCCGGUCAAGAACCUGAACCGGUUUCUCCUCAUAGGACAAAUCCUGAUCUAGCUCCAAUUUCUCAUAACUCAGAACGUGCGUUGAAUCUGACACAUACUUCCGGAGCAUGGACACAUGAAAAACAUCAUGAACCCCUGAUAAAGUUGGAGGCAUCGCUAGUCUGUAAGAUACCUCUCCAACCCAUUCCAGAAUCUCGAAGGGGCCAAAAAACCUAGGGCUCAGCUUGCCCCGAACACCAAACCGCUUCACUCCCCUCAAUGGUGAAACCCUAAGAAACACAUGAUCACCAACCUGAAAUUUCAUGCUCCUGCGUUUCAGGUUUGAAUAACUCUUCCGACGACUCUGGGAGGCGAGCAUUCGCGCUCUAAUCUUUUCAAUCGCCUCAUUGAUCCUCUGAACUAUCUCUGGAUCCAAAUAACUCCUCUCACCUAUUUCAUCCCAAUGGAUAGGUGAUCUGAACUUCCAUCCAUAGAGCAUCUCAUACGGAGCCACCCCGAUCGUCGCUUGAUAACUGUUGUUGUAUGAGAACUUGAUCAAAGGGAGAUACUUACUCCACGAUCCCCCAAAAUCUAGCACACAGGCUCGCAACAUGUCCUCCAAUAUCUGAAUCUUCCUCUCAGACUGUCCAUCUAUCUGAGGAUGAUAAGCGGUACUAAACUGCAACUGCGUGCCCAUAGCCUUCUGCAGACUCUCCCAAAACUUGGAAGUGAAGGUGGGGUCCCUGUCAGAUACUAUCGACCUCGGAUCCCCAUGAAGUCGAACAAUCUCCUUCACAUAUAACUCAGCAUACUGCUCCACAGUAUAAGUCGCCCUAAUAGGCAAAAAAGUGGGCGGACUUAGUAUACCUAUCCACAAUUACCCACACCGAGUCAUGCUGUCCCACGGUCCUCGACAAACCAACUACGAAGUCCAUGGUAAUAUCUUCCCACUUUCAUUCUGGAAUCCCCAGAGGCUGCAGCAACCCCGCUAGCCUCUGAUGCUCAGCCUUGACAUGCUGACAAGUUAAGCACUUGGCCACAUAAUCCACCACAUCCCUCUUCAUGCCCGACCACCAAUACAAAACUCUCAAAUCCUGGUACAUCUUCGUCGUACCAGAGUGCAAGGAAUAGGGAGUGGUAUGCAAUUCAUCUAAGAUCUCCCGCUGGAUAUCAGAAUCCAUCAGAACACAGAUUCGACCCUUGUACUUCAGUAACCCUAUCUCUGAAAUAGAAAAGUCCUUAGUCGCUCCGACUAAGACAUUCUCUCUGUGACCUCUCAACUGGGAAUCUUUCCCGUGCGCCUCCUUGAUCCUCUCAAGAAGUGUAGACUGAAGAGUGAUGUUGGCUAAUCGACCAAACACCAACUCUAUACCCGCUCUAGUUAUCUCCUCGGCUAGCUUAUCAGAUAUCUGUCUCAAACUAAACAACUGUCUUGGGCCAUUCUGACUCAAUGCAUCAGCCACUACAUUAGCCUUCCCAGGAUGGUAUAGGAUAUCACAAUCAUAAUCUUUAACCAACUCCAACCACUGUCUCUGGCGCAUAUUCAGAUCCUUCUGAGUAAAGAAAUACUUCAAGCUCUUAUGAUCGGUGUAUAUCUCACACUUCUCACCAUAAAGAUAAUGUCUCCAAAUCUUAAGUGCGAAUACCACCGCUGCCAACUCCAGAUCGUGUGUGGGGUAUCUCUGCUCAUACUCCUUUAACUGUCUCGAUGCAUAGGCUAUCACCUUACCAGCUUGCAUCAACACACACCCCAAACCCUGUCUAGAUGCAUCACAAUAAACCAUAAACUUUUCAUUAUCUGUCGGCAAACUUAACACUGGCGCGGUGAUCAGUCGCUGCUUCAACUCCUUGAAACUGUUCUCACAUCUGUCCAUCCAGACAUACCUUGUCUUCUUCUUUGUCAGUUCUGUCAAAGGCGUAGCUAUUCUGGAGAACCCCUCAACGAACCGCCGAUAAUAUCCCGCUAAACCCAGAAAACUCCUCACUUCAGGAACAUUGCUUGGUCUAGGCCAAUCUCUGACUGCCUCGAUCUUACUUGGGUCAACCAGAAUCCCCUCCUUACUGACGAUGUGGCCCAGAAAUGUAACUUGCGGUAACUAGAACUCGCACUUACUGAACUUAGCAUAUAACUUAUGCUCCCUUAACCGCUGUAAAACCAAUCGCAGAUGUUUCUCAUGCUCUGUCUCUGACUGAGAGUACACCAAGAUAUCAUCGAUGAACACAAUCACGAACUUAUCCAAGUAAUCCUUGAAAACCCUAUUCAUCAUAUCCAUAAAAGCUGCUGGGUCAUUGGUUAAUCCAAAGGACAUAACCAGGAAUUCCUAAUGUCCAUACCUCGUUCGGAAAGCGGUCUUUGGUAUGUCCUCCUCUUUAAUCCUUAACUGAUGGUAACCUGAUCGGAGGUCUAUCUUGGAAAAUACUGUUCUUCCCUGUAACUGAUCAAAUAAAUCGUCGAUCCUAGGCAGUGGAUACUUGUUCUUAAUGGUUAACUUAUUCAGCUCCCUGUAAUCAAUACACAUCCUAACAGAUCCAUCUUUCUUCUUGACAAACAACACUGGAGCACCCCAUGGCGAGAAACUCGGUCUGAUGAACCCCAAAUCAAGUAACUCCAGCAACUGAAUCUUCAACUCUUUUAACUCCGUUGGAGCCAUUCUGAAGGUGUCCUAGAUACUGGCUCCGCCCCUGGUGCCAACUCUAUAACAAAAUCAAUCUCUCACUGCGGCGGCAACCCCUGGCAGAUCUGCUGGAAACAAAUCCGAAAACUCACACACCAAUCUAGUCUCACCCGGUCCAACCGACACCACCCUAGAGGUAUCCACAAUGCUCGCUAGGAAUCCUAUGCAACCUUCCUGCAUCAAGUCUCUAGCCUUCAAUGCUGAAAUCAUAGGUAAUCGCGAUCCACUAGCUAUCCCCACAAAUACAAAGGGUACCUCCCCUUCAGGUUCAAAGAUCACCAUCCUGCGCUUGCAGUCAAUUUUCGCCCCAUACUUCGAUAGCCAAUCCAUCCCUAGAAUCAUGUCGAAGUCAUCCAUCGCAAGCUCAAUCAGAUCAGCAAACAACUCCCUACCAUCUACCUCUACUGGUAAAGCUCUAAUCCAUCUCCUAGAGACUACUAGUUCCCCAGUUGGCAAUAAAGUCUGAAAACCCCUAGCAUACAAAACACUAGGUCUACACAGCUGGUCUAUCACUCUAGUAGACACAAACGAGUGAGUAGCUCUUGAAUCAAAUAAUGCAGUAUAAGAAGAUCUAGCACUAGAAAUCUGACCUGUCACAACCGAGGGGCUAGCCUCCGCCUCAGUCUGAGUCAAAGUAAAUACCCUGGCAGGAGCGAGACUGUCACUCUGCUUCAGCUCCUCUUUCUUGACUUGAGGGCAGUCCCUCUUCAGAUGACUGGCACUCCCACAGACAAAGCAGGUCCUAAUCCUGCACUCACCCUAGUGUUGACAUCUACACCAUGGACACACUGGAAAACUCCUCCAGUUGUCACUUUCGCCCUGACGGCCAGCAAAAGCAUCCCGUGCCUUUCUAUCUGAAUUGGGAGGAACAAAGGAAUCUGGGGCCUUCCUCUUCUGCUCAAUAGAGCCACCACCCCAACUGGAUCCAAUAAAAGGAGGCACUGUCGUUCUGGCAUCGCACCUAACAGUGCUUUCCUUCUAGAUAUGAUCUUCGGCCCCCUCAGCUGUAAGGGCCUUGUCUACAACCUGAGCAUAAGUAGUAGUUUCUGGAUCCAAGGUAAUCUUCACAUCACGAGCAAUCAUAACAUUCAAACCCCGUAUGAAUCUGUCUCUUCUUGCCACAUCAGUCGGCACUAGAUCUUGUGCAAACUUCGCCAAUCUGUUAAAUCUCAAAGCAUACUCAGUCAUGGUCAACAGAUUCUGAGUUAGGUUGAUGAACUCGUCAACCUUCGCAGCUCGAACUGCCAUAUUGUAAUACUUUUCAUUGAAUAUGUUUCUGAACUCUUCCCAAGUCAUAACUGUUACGUUCCUUCUCUGAACUACCACGUCCCACCAGAUGCAGGCAUCCUCUCUGAACAUAUAGCUAGCAUAAGCUACCCUCUUAUUUCCCUCAACCCUCAUAAAAUCCAGAAUUGAGGAAAUCAUAUUUAUCCACUGCUCUGCCCGUAGUGGGUUUGAUCCACCUUCAAAGGUGGGAGGAUGCUAUUUCCUGAACCUCUCAUACAAAGGUUCCCACUUAUUCUCCAGAACAGGUUGAACUGGCACUGGCGCCAUAACCUGCUGAAUUGGCAACCCUGUAACCUGUGGAGGGGCCUACUACCUCAGUUGGUUGCAGCCUUGCUUCCAUUUCAGCAAACAUCUGCUGCCAAUUUUGUGGGGCAGGUGGAGGGUCCUCACCCUGGUUGUCAUACUUGGCCAAACUGCCGCGGAGUCUAGAUGAUUGUCGAGGCAUCCAGCAAAUAUGCCUGCAACCAACGAUGCUGCUCAUCAGGCAUGAUAACAACAUCCAAAACCACCUCCCAAACACAUCAGCCAACCACAAACAGUAGUUCACAUAACGUACAGAUAGCAUACAACACACAACGGGCCAUUCCAUGGCGUCAUGCAUAUGUUAACUCAUUCAUCAUGCUCUAUAUGAAAUAAGCAGGAAAACAGGGCAUUCAAGCACAUAUUCAAGCAUAUUAGUCAAUCAUACCAACCAACCCUAAGUCGAGCUUGUCACUGAUAGCGAGCGUACAUGUUCGAUCAAUCUCCAGAACCAUAAACCUUGGCUCGUUCUGAUACCAAGUUGUAACGCCCUAAUUCCUUAGAGCCGUUACUAAGUGAGUUUAAAACGUGCAUUUAACUCGCUAGUCGAGGUUUUAGGUCAAAAGUGUAAUUAAAUCAUAAACAGAGUUAUAUACUUUGGAAAUAAUUCCAUUUACUGAAAAUCAUAAAGUGUUUGACAUUUGGGAUCCCAAAAUACAGUUUAAAAAUAUUUACAGCAUAUAAGUACAACAAAGUCGGCUAGACAACAAAAUCUAGGUUUUAAUACAAUCAUCUCUUAAAACCACUGGCUAUGGCAGCCAGGCAGGCCAAACAUGUACGCGCCGCUUCACGCUCUCUGUACUCAUGGUUGGUCGACUUUCCCCUUGCCCUUAUCUGCACCAUAGAGCACCCGUGAGCCGAAGCCCAGCAAGAAAACCCUCACAAGCAUAAAACAUAUGCAUAACAAACACUUAGCAUAUAAAUAGGCCAUCAAUAGACUAAACACAUACGGCCAUGCAGUCCCAGGCGCUUUACCAGGCCCUGGGUUCGCGGUCCACAUCGUAAGGAUAUCCCAGGUAUCCUUUAGGGUCUCUCCCUGGCAAAUCGCACUCCACGUGCUAAACGCUGCACCCGACCCCUUGCCGCACUCGGCCUUGCACUCUACGUGCCUAACGCCAUUCCCGGCCUUGCCGACCUCAGCCUGCGCCGUUCCCGGCUCUUGCCGAACAUUUACACAUUUGCAUUCAUAGCAUAAUAAAGCAUAUACUGAACACGAAAAAAUUCAAUCAAAGGGCUACGCCCUGCAAUACAAUCAUAUAGGGCUUUGCCCUGCAUACAAACUCUAUGGGAACAGUGGUUUUCUUACUUGCGUCCUGAGCUUUCCAAGUACCGAUGUCCCGAGCACAGUUCCCUAGUCCAAGCCUCGCCGAAGCCCUUGUCACAACACAUUAACAAUAUCCACCUAUCAAACUAUAAUCCAAUAAAUAACCUCAAACCAUAAUUCUAAUCUCUGGGGCAUUGAAUUUUAUCAAUCUGGGUGAUAAAAUCCAUCUAAUGAAUUCCCGAGCCUAAAACCUCUUAAAAUUCCAAGUACCUUAAGCGUCGCGACCCUAGGGACUCAUGUUGCGGCCCCCAGCUCAACCCGAGGCCUUGCCUCAAAAUUGCCCACACGCGCCGCGACCCUUCUUGAAGGGCGCCGUGGCGCACCUCCAAUUCCUGACGCCCCAAGUUCAAAGGGGCCAUGAGUCAGCAAGAACAGAGCCGCGACACAACCCCUUGAACCCAGAAAAACUCAUCAUUUUCACCUCAAAAACCAAUCCAAUUACCCCCAAAAUCAAGCCAACAGUCCAGACUAAUUAUCACAAAGGUUCUAACACAAUCUUAGCAUCAAAACCUAACAAAGACUAGCCCCAAAAUUUAGCCAAGCAAUCAAGAACAAAUCUAAACUUAGCUAACAUGAAAACUCCGAAAAUAUACCAGCAGCUAUUCAGUACAAACUACUAAUAUUUAAGCUUACCUUUGCUAAAUUAUGCUUCUGAGCUAAUCUUCUAGAUUCCAAGCUUCAAUUCUCCAAAGCUUCAGCUUGAAUCUCUGAAUUUUCCUAGCUCAUUUCCUCAAGGUUUUCCCUUAAUGUGGUUUUGAAAAAGAAAGAGAGAAAGGCAGAGGCUUAAGUCAGUUUCUCCAAGUUUCCAAUAUUUCCUUUGUUUCGUUUUAUUUAACUUAGGCUUUAAGGUUACCUUAAGGCUCGGGGUACCGAAAACGUCCCCGAGGGAAAAUGGUAAAUGUCCCCAAUAUUCCCUCCUAGACAUUCUAACCUCAAAUAUAUCUCCAAAUAUUUAUUUCCAUAACCCGAUAACCCCAUAAAACAUCUAAUACCCAAAAUACCCCUCGACUCGCCCUGAGUCGAAUUCUCAACCUCGUUGUGACAAUCUGGCUAAUUGCUCCCUAGGACUGUCUCGGAUUGUGCUACACAGAUAUAUUACAAACAUAUCACAUUUAUCACAUUUAUCACAUAUGCACAUAAAUUCAUAUAUUAUAACAAUAAUUCACUUAUUGCCCUCCAGGCACGCUAAUCAAGGUCCUAAGCCCUAUUAGCAAAUUUGGGUCAUUACAGUGUGUAGCAAAUUGAGAUGGUGUCGUUGUUCGACCACCAUCUUUAAAAACAAAAUUGGGGUAGUUCAAAUGGUCAGACGUAAUUCGAGUCGAUCCUAGGCACCUACAUAGUAGUAGGCUUGCUCUUGUUUCAUGGGAACUAAAAGAUACUCCUUGCAAGUUUAGAUUUGUAAGGGCUUCUUCUACAUUCAAAAUUUUGAACUUCAUUGCUGAAUAUCAAAUAUUACAUUGCAUAAUACCAUAUUCCAUAGUGCUUUAGUUUGAUUGAACAAAUGACAUUAAAAGUCCCAAAUUAGAAAUCAACUUUGAAAUCUCUUUUGACCUAAUCCACCCAAAUAACAACCCAAGUAAUUCGAGUUGUAUUUUUAAUUAAGAAAAUUUUAUUUAAUUAAGGAGUGCUAAAGAAACUCUCAAUUGUAUUCUUCUUCCUCAAUAAAAGUAUAAUAUCUUCUUCAUCAAUAAAAGUAGAAUAUAAAGUGAAUUUAGCACUUCUAUUUGAUUUAUUAUUAUUUUUUUUUUAAAGUAGACAAAUUUUUUUCUCUAAAAAGUAAAACUGAUCAACUUACUUAGGGAUGACUAUAUAACCCAUGGUUAUUUGAUCCAAAUGGGGACGGGAAAAUGACUGGGGCGGGGAAUAACAACCACACAUAUAUACGGGUAUGGUGUGGGUACGGUAUUAGCAUAAUCCGCCCCAUUCCCGUCUCGAUAUAUAUAAUAAUUUAUUUAUUUGUAUAAUUCUAUAUUUUAUAAAUAUAUAAUUCUAUUGUACUUAUAUAUUAUUAAAUAUAUAAUAUACUUAUUGAAAUAUUAAUAAAAAACUAAUUUUUUUUCUAUGUUUUACUAUAUGUAAUCAUCAUGUUUUUAAGGUGCUUGGGUCAAUCUGUGGAGGGUUAUUAGAUAUCGACAAAGUUACUUUAGAGGGGAAGAAUUAUUUCUGUGCUCACCUAAAAGUGGUUGGGGAUGCUUAUGGAUUUAUUCCCAGUAGUAUUUCCCUUCCGUAUAAUGGAGAGAUUCUUUCCCUGCGUCUGUUUAGAUGUCAGGAGAAAGGUGGGAAGGUGGCCAUUUGGUUCAAACAAGUUUGGAUGAGGAAAUUAUCGAGGGAGGAGACGUCUGGACCGAAAGCCUUAGCAGGGAGUCAUUUGGAGGAGAAAGGGGUGCUCGAUAUUGAGAGGAAGGGGUUUAGAAAGGAAGAUGGUGAGAGGGAGAACGGUCGCACGCUGGUCAACGGUGGUCAGCCGGCUCUGCGUUCAGGGUAUUUAGACGCUCCUGUUUCUUCACUAGGAAUCUGGGAGAUGGUCAAUAACUCCCAUAACUAUUGCAUGGCAUUAAAGAAAAUUUUCAAGAGAUUGUUGACAGAUUUAUCUUUUAAAAAAAUUGGAUUAGCCAACACGUGUAAAGUUUUUAAGAAGGUGGAGGAUUUCACGUUUAACAUGUGGCAAUUUGAGAAAUUCAUGAUCUCUCUUUCAGUUGAUUAUUUGGGUUGGUUUUUUAUUUUGGCAAAUGGGCCUUGCUCUUUUAAGGUGAAUAUUAGCCUGAGGGCUCUCUUCAAUCCAAUGGGGCAAUUAAAGAAAUUGGGCCAUAGUGGACUGGGCCGGUCAGGUUCGGAUACUCUGCUACGUAUCCUUCGGGGAAUUAAUCCGAAGGGCCGUGAUAGUUUUUUUCAAGAGGAAAUUGUUUAUUGGGAUGAUUCGGUGCGGCAGAGUUCUCCUAGGAAACGUAGUGUUCUGUUUGAGCAUAUAGAGGAGAAUGAGUCAGAAAUUGAAGCGGAGAUGGAUGGCUGGAAAGUGCAUUCUCGUAAGAAUUCAUAGAGUAGUGCAACAAGCAUGACUAUUUUAGAAGAACAUGGAAAGGGUUGACUUUUUUUGACCCAGUUUUGGAAGAGGAUAAUUUUGUCUAUCCUGUGGUUGAAGAUCUUGAGUCGGGCAGUUCGGAAGAUGAAGAUGUGGAUGGUGAUCUUGACGGUGAAAGGGUGGACGAUGAGGAUAGUGUGGUACAGGAGAGAAGUUUGUGGGAUGAAAAGAUUAUCGAAGGAGGCUCUAUGCUUAGUGUUGUAGACAGAGGUGAGUGUGAGAGCCAGCUGUUGGAGGGAGGUUCUAAGCAGAAUAAGCCAGUCGUUCAUGGCACUGUUGUGAGAAGGGAAGAAGAUAUGUUGAAUGAGUCAUCUAGACUUCUCAAUACCAUGGUCUCUUUGGGUAUCUCGGUGUUUCCAAAUGAUAAGGGGGAGAAGAAUAAAGAUGGUUCUGUAAGUCUAUCUCAGAAGAGUUACCAUGAAUUAUGGAAAAUAAGUUUCAAUGUUAACUACGAUAAAAGGAAGAAGAGAGGUGUGGGGUAUAGUUAUGAUUCAUGAAGAUUAUGUCUUGGAAUGUGAGGUGGUGUGGUAACAAAGGGAAAUGGAAAGCGAUUAAGGAAUUAAUCUAUAAAGUUAAUCCAUAUAUAAUCGUUCUUCAAGAGGUGAAAAAGUUUUCAAUAGACCGGAGGUUCUUUGGAAGCAUUUGGUGGUCUAGGUUCAGAGCUUGGAUUUAUCAGCAGGCGAUAGGUCGUUCGGGAGGUAAAUUAUUUUCUUGGGAUACAGGGAAUGUCUCUGUUAUUGACUCCUUAGUUGAGGAUUACUCAGUUUCUGUUUGCUUGAUGACUAAGGGGAAGGAUCCUUGGUGGCUCUCUGGUGUGUAUGGGCCUGUAGUGUAUGGAAACAGAGAUAGUUUUUGGGAUGAAUUAGCAGGGCUGAGUGCUAUAUGAGGUGAUAAUUGUUGUGUGGGGGGAGACUUUAAUGUGGUAAGGAGAGUUGAUGAGAAAUUGAAUAUCAAGUCUAAUACAAGAAGUAUGAAGAUGUUUGAUGCUUUGAUUAGAGAGUUAAAAUUAGUUGAGCCCAAACUUGACAAUGGUCGGUUCACGUGGUCGAACUAUAGACAAAAGCCAAUUUGUUGUAGGUUGGAUAGAUUCCUGUACACUCCUUCAUGGUCCGAAAUUUAUUCUUUCGUUCGUUUGGAAGUGUUGGUUCGGGUUGUGCUGAUCAUAGCCCAGUUGUGUUAGAUUCGUGCCCUCCUUCUUGGGGGCCUUCUCCUUUCAUAUUUGAUAAUACUUGGUUGGAGCAUAAGGAUUUCUCUAGCAAUUUUCAGAAUUCGUGGGCAUUGGUUAAGGUGCAAGGGUGGUCGGGUUUUCAUUUUAUGUCAAAGCUAGCCUUGGUUCGAGAUAAAAUUAGGGAGUGGAGUCGUCUGGUCUUUGGGAAUAGGAAAAUGCUUAAACAGUUGCUGGAAAUGAGAUUGUUUGUGCUGGAUAGACUGGAGGAGGGGGGAUCAUGGAAUGAGCAUCUUCAAAUGGAACGUUCAAAGGUGAAGGAAGAAUGGCAGCAGAUUGUUUUUGAGGAAGGGAGAAGUGUUUGGUUUAAGGUGAAGUGUCAAUGGGACAAGGAAGGGGAUGCUAACUCCAAACUUUUUCAUAGUAUUCUCUGUGUUUGAGAAGCGAGAAAUUUCAUUUCUAGGAUUGAGGAAGAGGAUGAAACUGUUUUGGAUAAGGACGUUGAUAUUGAAAAGGCUAUUGUGGGAUUUUACUCUUCUUUAUAUUCGGCAGUCUCUAGAGUUUGGAUUAGGGUAGAUGGGAUCUCUUGGUCUCCAAUUCAAUCGGUCCUGGCUUCUUUUAUCGAGCGGUUUUUUUCGAAGGAUGAAAUUAGACAAGCGGUGUUCGAUUGGGAUGGGUCUAAGGCCCCAGGGCCAGAUGGCUUUUCUAUGGCAGUUUAUCAGAACAAUUGGGAUGUUGUGAAAAGUGAUCUUUUGGAAGUUUUUCAAGGUUUUUUAACCGAUGGAGUCAUCAUGGGAGGAACUAUGAAACCUAUAUAUGCCUUAUUCCUAAGAAAAUAAACAGCUGUCGGGUGAAGGAUUACAGGCCUAUUAGUCUUGUCACUUGUCUUUACAAAAUUAUUUCAAAAGUGUUGGCUUAUAGACUUCGAGGAGUUCUGGCAGACACAAUUGUGGAAACUCAAGGAGCUUUUGUGGAGAGUAGGCAAAUUUUGGACACAAUUUUGAUCACAAAUGAGGCAGUAGAGGAAUACAUGAGCAAGGGUAGAAAAUGUUGGGUGUUUAAAAUUGAUUUUACAAAGCUUAUGACUAUGUGGAUUGGGGUAUCUUGGAUUUAGUUUUGGAUAAGAAAAGUUUUGGUGAAGUUUGGAGGAGGUGGAUGCAAGGAUGCCUGUCCUCCAUGUCUUUUCAAAUGGUUGCCCAAGGGAAAAAUUUAUAGGAUCGAGCGGUCUUCGCCAAGGGGAUUCCUUGUCCCCUUUCUUAUUUACUCUGGAGGUGGAUGUUUUGGGUAGAAUGAUUGAUAAGGCUAAAAGUGUCUCGACUUUUAGAGGUUUUACAAUGGGUAAUGACAGAGUCGAUGUCAGUCAUCUUCAGUUUGUAGAUGAUAUGAUAUUCUUUGCUAACGAUGAGGAGUCCUUGGUUGUGCUUCUGGAUAUCCUAAAGGUCUUUAGUGUUGUGGUUGGUUUAUCUAUAAAUUUUUAGAAAUGUCAAUUGUUGGGGACUAAUCUGCAUAAGGAGUUAGUAGAUCAGUAGGCUAGUGAGAUUGGUUGUGAAGUGGGCCAGUGGCCAAUUCAGUACUUUGGCUUUCCUUUGGGGGCUUCUCCUCAUUCCAAAGUGUUUUGGGAGCCUGUUAUUUCUAAAUGUGCCAAUCGAUUGGAUAGCUGGAAGAGUGCUUUUCUGUCAAGAGGUGGCAGGUUGACUCUUAUUCAAUCUGUUUUGUCUUCUAUCCCAGCGUAUUACCUGUCACUUUUUUGUAUCCCUAAGUGUGUGGUGGGGUUUAUUGAGAAAUUGAUGAGUGACUUUCUGUGGGAAGGUGUGGAUCGUUCAGGGGCUGACCACUUGGUAUCCUGGCAAGAAGUCUGUAAAUCUCACAGUCACUGUGGAUUGGGUAUUGGAAAUUUGGUGUUGAGGAACAAGGCUUUCCUCAUGAAGUGGUUGUGGCAGUUUCCUUUGGAAAGUAAGUCUUUAUGGCAUAGGGUGGUUAAGAGUAGGGUGUGGUGUAGAUGGUGGUCACUGGGAUACAGAUUAUGGGGGGAGAUUGUCUGCUCGUGGUCCUUGGAGAGACAUCACGACUUUGUAUGAGAACUAUAGGCGUUUGGUCUGCUUUAAGGUGGGGAGGGGAGACAUGAUUCGAUUUUGGGAGGAUAUUUAGAUUGGUGAUUCCUCCUUGAAGUCGCAAUUCCCUGGUUUAUUUAGGGUGUCCAGGGCUAAGAAUUGUUUAAUCAAAGACCUGGCAGUAGCGGAGGGUGCUAGGAGUUCAGUCGACCUAGGUUGGGAUUUGAGAUUCAGAAGGAAUUUAUUUGAUAGGGAGGUUCCUAGUUUGGAUGAGUUGUUGCAAUUGCUUCAGUUUGUGGAUCUUCCGUCAAUUUUGGAGGACAGGAAGAUUUGGAUUCCAGACAACAGCGGAGUUUUCAACUGCAAGACUGCCUUUCAUAGUUUGAGAUACGCUCAUUUAGGCUCGGAGGUUUCUUGGGCUAAGAGGUUAUGGAAGAGUGUCGUUCCUUCGAAAGUUAAAGUGUCUGGCUGGUUGUUAUUCUUGGAUAAGUUAAAUGUCCAUGUUAAUUUGCAGAGGAGAAGACCUUUUCAAUAUUUGUCGCCAAAUUGGUGUGUGUGCUGUAAGAAUGAGAGUGAGUCAGCAAGUCAUUUAUUUAUGGAGUGUUCUUUUUCCUGGGUUAUGUGGGGGUAAAGUGUUUAACAAAUCUGGGGUCUCUUGGUGUAUGCCUUCCUCUUGUUCUCAAUUGUUCCAAUGCCAGUUAGAGGGAGAAAAGGGGAUGGCUCGUUUAUGGUAGAGUACUGUGUUGGCCACUUUUUGGGAAAUUUGGUUAGAGAGAAAUAGCAGGAUUUUUGAAGAGUCCUCUUGUUCUGUGGAGUCUCUCUGGGAUAAAAUCAGGUUCUUAGUUGCUACAUGGGUGUAUAGAUCGAAAGGUUUUGAGGGAGUUUUUUUUUAUGGAUCUGUGUAGGGAGUGGGUGAAUUUGUGGUCGUAACUUUUUUGGGUAGGGUUAUUUUCCGGGCCUUGUUUUUGUUUUUGUUACCACGGUAUUCCUCCGCCAUAAGUGAGGGCUGUCAAUGUUAUUGAGAGGAGGUCUUCUUUGACCUCUGUCUCUUUUUCAAAAAAAAAUGCUGCCCGAUUUUACCUAGCCUUUUGUAGUAGAAACAAAUGCUUCGGGCUUCGGGUUAGGAGCAGUCUUACUACAAGAACCACAUCCAAUUGAUUACUUUAUUCAAACACUUGGCCAACAAGCUCGUAAGAAGUCCAUCUAUAAAAAAGAACUCAUGGAAAUCAUUUACGUAAUAGCUAAAUGGAGACCGUAUCUUAUGGGUUGCAAAUUUUUAGUUCGAAUGGACAAACACAGCUUAAAGUUCCUAUUGGAACAGCGAGUAAUUGGCUCAGAAUAUUAGAAAUGGGUGUCUAAAUUGAUGGGCCUUGAUUUUGACAUUGAGUAUAAAAGCGGCGCAAGCAACCGGGUGGCGGAUGCUUUGUCCCGACAACAACCAGCAGAGUUACAAAACAUUUUGGCCACUGUUGAAUGGCAACUAUGGCGCCAACUUUAAAAGGAAAUAGCCCCUGACCCACUGUUACACAAAAUCAUCAGCGAUAAAGAGCAAGGACAAGUCCAUCAUGGGUUUUCCGUGCAUCAAGGGGUACUAUACUACAAAAAUCGACUGGUCAUUCCUAAGAAAUCCAACUUACUUGGUCAGAUUUUUUAAGAAUUCCAUUGCAGCCCUAUGGGAGGCCAUGCGGGUGAGCUUAAGACUUUCAAGAAAAUUCAAGCAGAAUUAUUUUGGGAAGGGAUGAAGGCGGAAAUUCACCAAUUUAUAAGGUUGAAAACUUGUGUGUUGUUUGAUUAUUUUAAUUGAUAUUGACAUAUGGUUAGGUCAAUAAAAUAGGGGAAAUGCUGCCCGAUGUUUUAUAGAUCUAGUUAUCAUUUUUUUAAAGGUUUUUCAUGCAUCAUUAUUUUGAUAUAUUUUAUAACGUGAAUGUAAUGUAGGUUAAAUCAAACUAUAAGUAUGUCUACCCAAGAUGUUGAUUUUGUUCCUUCAACAAAUAUACAAGAAGUGCAAUCUCUUGAUAAUAGAAGUGAUGGAAAUGAGAGUAGGGGUAUAAAAAGAAAGAAAACAUCUCUUGCAUGGGAUCAUUUUACAUUGCAAAUGAUAGAUGGUAAAAUAAAAGUAGUUUGCAAUCACCGUGGGAGAGAGUAGUAAGGGGACUAAACACUUACUUCUUCACAUGGAAAGAUGUCCAGUAAGACAGAAACAACUUGCCAAGAAUCCUAAUGCAAGCCCCUUAGUUACCUUCAAUCUUGAUCCUGAACUAGGAAGAAAUUUUUUGGCUGAAAUGAUCAUUCUACAUGAGUACCCUUUGUCGAUGGUAGAGCAUAGUGGUUUUAUAGACUAUUCGAAUACUAUUUCUCCUAUGUUUCAAAUGGUGUUAAGUAAUACAAUUAGGUUUGACAUUUUGAAAAUAUAUAAGAUUGAGAAAGAAAUUUUUUGAGAAGUUUUGGAGAAAAAUAAAAGUAGAAUAGCCUUAACCUGAUAUGUGGACUGCCAAUCAUCAAAAGAGGGGAUAUAUGGCUGUGACAACUCACUUUAUUGAUGACUCUUGGAAGUUGCAUAGUCAGAUUAUAAGCUUUAGAUAUGUGCCAUGCCCACAUGAUGCUCCAACACUUACAGAAACUCUAAGUUCUUGCAUGUCUGAAUGGAAUAUUGAACACAAGAUUAGUACAGUGACUGUAGAUAAUUGUACUACGAACGAUGCAAUGAUUCCACUUUUGAAGGAACAAUUUGAUUCUAAGUGUUUCCUUUUAAAUGGAAAACUACUUCAUAUGCGUUGUUGUGCGCAUAUUUUGAAUCUAAUUGUUAGGGAUGGCUUGUUUGUUAUUGGUGACAGCAUUGACAAGAUUCGAGAUAGUGUUGCUUAUUGGUUGGGCACACCAAAAAGGUAUGGAAAAUUUGAGGACACUGCUUGUCUUCUCAGAGUGACAUGUGCUAAAAACUUGUCACUUGAUUGUGUGACAAGGUGCAAUUCAACGUACCUAAGGACAUGCCUGAAAUGAUGAACCUACUGGAAUUUGGGAAUUCCCUAGAUUCUGGUCACAGGCCCAUAAAUGAAAAAUCGACAUAGAAACUUUCGAGGGCCAUUUUGUAACACCCUAAUAUCGAAGUGUGCCUAAAACGACUCAUGAGAACUAGAAACAGACCCUCAAAUGCAAUAUCAUUGGCAUUCCUAAACAGAUAUAAAAAUCCUCAAGCAUAAACAAAAAAAAAAAGGCAGGUCAAAAGCACUUACCCGAGAUGAAACGAAGGUAUGUGUUGAGAUGAGUGCUGACCCUGAAAUAUUGUUUGCCAUCUGCCCAAAAGUAGCACGAUUCAUGCCAAUCGUCCAAAGCUUUCGAAAAAGUUGUUGAAGAUAAGGGUGAGGAAGAAGAGAGGUUUCUGUGAGGGUUUUGGUUUUUGUAUGGUUACAGUGUGACUCUUAGGAGGUUUUUUCUGGGUUUUAUACCCAAUAAAGUUUGAAAGCCAUUUCCCAAUGACAAUUGAAUCGUUUACCUUGAUAAGUCCAUGAGGGCAAUCCAACGGUCGGGGUUCAAAAGGUGCGGAUCGUGAUCAUUGCUUCUUUGGGAAAAGACGCGUCGGGUAAGGAAUGGAUGUUUGGGAUCAUGGAGUUGACCCCUAAUUAAAUGCAAGGAUUGAUGGGCCCAGCAAUGGGGCGUUGACACGUGGGUUGGCUUUCCAGAGUGACGUCAAAGGAAAGCUCAAACAUUUUUUCCCGCCAAUUUUUCAAAUCACUCAUUUUAAUUUCAUCAAAUAUUAUUUGAUCUGCAUCAUUGUUUGUCCUGAGUUACUAAUUAUUAUGGGGCGGGUCAUGACCCACCUCGGUAGUUUUUAUUUUAUUUUUAAAAACAUCUUUUUUUAAAUACCUUUGCCACACCCAGAUUUCGAGAUAAGAGGUGAUGACCUCGAAUGCUGGGCUCGUCAAGCGUGAGCUCGAAAGGUAUGAAAACAUUGUAUGGUCCAGUUGUAAAAUCUCUGAAGUAAAACUACGACCUCGAAGAUGUGUAGCCUCGGGAUUUUUUCUGAGUUCGAAUGGCACGCACUGGGAUACAUCUGUUACCAUUUGUCUUCAAAUAAAACAGGCCAAGCUUGGGAAGUGCAAGCUCGGGUGUCAUAGCUUCGACAGUAUCUAUCUACACUGAGCAUGUCCUGAAGUUGGGUGACAAAUUCGUAACAGUUCCAUAAGUCUUGAUAGUCACAAUGCCGAUUGCUGAUCUCGAAGACCUGAUGAGUCACCUGGGAUAGCCCGUUACGUGUGAAUAUAUUUAUUGUUGUGUAAUCCCGAUAUUUAAGGGAUACCAUUUAGUCUGUCAUCUGUUCCUGAUUCUUAUGGGACGUUUCCAUGUAUAUAGGAGAAAUUGCAUUUAAUGUCAUUAUUUGAAUUGAUAUACAGAAUAUCUUCUCGAAAUAUGUGGGAAUGAACUUUGUAACCUUCCCUAUAAAUAGAGGAGGAAUGACCACUUGUAAGGGAUCGGUUUCUGAUUGCUUGAGAGAAAGCUCUCUGGGUAAUUCGUCUCUGAAGAAUUUCCAGAAAACUCUGAGCCUUAAUAACAUAGACUUGUGGACUAGGCAGAAUUAACUGCUGAACCACGUAAAAACCUUCUUUUUUUUCUUCAUUAUUCAUUCACUUCAUAGCUCACAUUGUUUAAUUGCUCUACGAUUUAAGUUGACGAAAAACGGCGUCAACAGUUUGAUGCUUUCAUUGAGAGCAUUAAACAAUACGUGCGUAAGUCUAUUCAGUCGAAGAAGCCUCCCUGAAUCAACUAUGACCGCGAAUGAUCCCAAUGAUCCUGAGGAGGAAAUCUUAGAGGAAGCUGACUACCCCUGACGUGCUGGAAAGCAGCCCAUGAUGAAUUCGGACCCUGAUGAGAGGAGUGGGUCCUCUGACUCUCGAGGACCACCGGCACCACUAGCCCCCAGGGACAACGAGGACAUGUAUUAUAAUCCAGAGCGGUAUGUCCCUAUUGUGGAGUUUGAAAAUCAUCAACUGCAAAAGCAGUUGGCGGAGGCCAAGAAACGUAAUGAAGAGCUGGCCAGAUUGGCUGCCGAGGCGCAGGUGGCUUAGCCCCCACCUCCGCCAGAGGCCCAAGCUCUGCCUCCAUGAGAUGUUCAUGUUCCACCGCGCAGGCCUCAUGGGCGACCUCGCAAAAAGGCUGCCACCCGAAGGAUGGAGCAACCUCCGCCACUUGUGGAAUAGCCUGCUCCCUCGAGGCCCCAGAGAAGUACCCCGGCUGGAGCUCCUACCAACUCAACUGCAGAGGUACUGAUCGAGAUAGGGAAUAACUGAGCUCCCGCGGAGGCUUGGAUCCAAAAUCCUGGUAACACGCAGAACGUUCCUGAACCAGCUCAGGCGAACUCGGGACCUUCUAGGCCCCGUAAUGGAUGGUAGCCACCAUCAUCCAUAAGGCACCCACCAUCGUCGAUAAGGUAUCCCUUACCAACUCAGAGAAACAUGCAACCGACUCGGGGUGAUAGGGAAAGGCGAGUUGGGCAAAAACAUGGGAAUGGGAAAAUUGUUAGGGAUCAUAGAGGUACCCAACCCACGAGAAACCAAAUGUCUCGGUCUCAUACUAUUGAGAUGAGGCAACUAGAAAGGAACCCGUCUCGAAACAACCGCGCGACGAGCCAUAUCAGUGAAGGCUCGGGAGACACUAGAUCGGUUAGUAUGUAUGACCAGGGAUGCAAAAAUACUGGGAAUCGAAGGAAUCACCCAAAUUUACGAGAACACCUGAACAAAAAUCAAGGUAAUGAUAACCCCUCGAACCCAGACCUGAGGGAUCACCUCAAUGGACGCAAGAAUCCUAUGCGCAGGCACGAAGCUGGAAUUGUGAUCAACGAUAACCAGUUUCAAGUUAGACCCCUCGUGGAUCCAGUCCAAGAAAGGAUCGAACAACUAGAAAGAGCGUUCAGGCUCUUACAAAAUGAACGAGGUCAGGAUCAGGAUGAAGAGUUUGAUGAGGAACUCGAGCCCUUUGCCCCCCAUAUUUUCAACACCCCAUUUCCUCAAGGAUUCUGAAUUCCUAAUGUCCCACCAUUUGAUGGGAAUUUUGAUCCAUACAGUCACUUGAGUACGUUCAAUACAAUUAUGAAAGCGAGUAUUGUGGGCUACGAGCUUAGAUGCAUGCUGUUUCCAACCUCUCUCAUAGGACCAGCAAAAAACUGGUUUGAAAAAUAUAAGAGGCAUUCGAUUUCUUCUUGGGAUCAAUUAUCUAGAGAUUUCAAGAAGCAAUUCAGAGCCAUGAUUGGAAUUAGGCUCGAGGUGUCUGCCUUGACCAAUGUCCGACAGCAGCCGAAUGAAACAUUGAAAAGUUACCUUACAAGGUUCAAUUUGGAAGUCGCCCAAGCUCGUGACGUAGAUGACAGUGGCCAUUUAAUGGCUGUCCGAGCUGGGGUAAUGCCUGGAAGCCCUCUCUGGGAAGAUAUGCAGAGGAAACCCGUGAGGUCGUUAACUAAGUUCAAUCGACAAGCUCAGAGGUUUGUUAAUGUAGAGGAGGCGAGGUCAGCAUUGAAUAUGGCCUCUCAUAUCGUAACUACAACAACAAACAUAAACUCUGCCUCGACCUCGGCGGAUCCUACGGCCUCAAAACCCCCUGUUGAUAACCCUUCUAAAAGAAAGAAGAAUGAGGGGAAUAAUCCUGAGGCGGAAGGGGGAAAGAAGAAGAAAGAGGAAAGGUAUUUCUUCGUGUACAAAGUGUAUUCCGAGCUCAAUGAGUCUUGGGAGAAUAUCUACCUGGAUAAUGAAAACCAGGUCCCUUUCCGGUGUCCGGACCCCAUGAGAAACCAAAAAGCGAAGAAAGACUCCAGCAAAUACUGCAGAUUCCAUAGAGAUAUCAGACAUACAACCGAUGAAUGCAGGCAACUGAAGGGUGAGAUUGAAGGCCUGAUCUCGAGAGGGUAUUUCAGGCAAUAUGUAAUUAAGAACCAAAACCCCAAUCAUGCUUCUACUAGCCAGAGGGCUGCUGCAGCACCGCCUGCCCAAAACAGUAACUCCCGAACAAGGGAGGACAAGCAGCCCCCUCCAAUUGAUGGAGAAGAUGUCGUAACCGUCUCGGGGGGACCUCAUAUUGUAGGAUCGGGAAUGAGCUAAAAACUGGUGAUUGGUCCCCUUACGAACCUGAACCUGAACCUAGAGCUCUGAAACACCAGAGGGUUGAAUCUCAACCUAUAACUUUUACUAAGGACGACGUGUCUCAUGUGCAGUUUCCUCACAACGACCCGCUGGUCAUCACCCUUCAGCUCGCGAACAAGAGGGUUCACCGAGUCCUGGUUGAUAACAGGAGCUCAGUAAAUAUCCUCUAUAGGGCCACCUUAGAAAAGAUGGGACUCACGCUUCGUGACCUAAAGGCCUGUGCAACGACAUUAUACAACUUUUCAGGAGAAGGGAUUGCCUGCAUAGGAUCCAUCGAACUCCCUGUAACCUUGGGAGACUACCCAGUCUCGACAACCAAGAUGAUGGAAUUCGUGGUAGUGGAUCUACCAUCGGCCUACAAUGUACUGCUCAGGAGACCCACCCUAGUAGGGCUGGGGGCAGUUUCGUCUGUAAGGCACUUGGCCAUCAAGUUCCCGACUUCUAGUGGCAUCGGGACACUGAAAGGAGACCAGCUCGCAGGGAGGGAAUGAUAUAGCAUUUCCAUUAGAGGAAAGAAACAAACAAGUGCACAAACACUUGUCAUAAUUCAGAAUAAGGAUGGUACAGUCUUCGAGAUAAAUGAAGAAAUUGAUCCGAGAAUAGAGGAAAGAGCUGACCUCGAGCCAUUAGAAGAGUUCGAAGAGGUCAAGCUUGAAGAAGUAGACCCCCCGAAGACAGUGACAGUAGGGAAAAACCUUCCAGAAGAAACGAAAUAGCAAUUAAUUUGCUUUUUGAAAAAGAACCAGGAUGUUUUCGCAUGGUCACAUUUGGACAUGGUAGGGAUAAAUCCGAAUGUGGUAAGCCAUGCUAUAAAUAUUAACAAGAGCUUCCCCUCGAAGCAGCAAAAGCGAAGACUCCUGGACAACGACAGGAAGAAGGCUCUAAAGGAAGAGGUCGAGAGGUUGAAGGCAAACUGAUUCAUACGGGAUGCCUUCUACCUCGAUUGGGUCGCCAACCCGGUGCUGGUUCUGAAACCUAAUGGGACAUGGCAAACCUGUAUUGAUUACUUAGACCUCAAUAAGGCUUGUCCUAAGGACUGCUUCCCCUACCUCGGAUCGACCAGCUCGUAGAUGCCACAACUGGGCAUGGACUUUUGUCGUUCAUGGACGCUUAUUCUGGAUAUAACCAGAUUGCCAUGCACACCCCAGACCAAGAGCAUAUGAGUUUUGUGACAGACAAAGGACUAUAUUGCUACAAUGUCAUGCCGUUCGAACUCAAGAAUGCUGGAGCCACUUACCAAUGGCUCGUAAACAUAAUGUUCUCCGAACAGAUAGGUAAUAACAUGGAAGUUUAUGUUGAUGAUAUGUUAGUUAAAUAUAAACAUAACAAUAACCAUGUGGACGACCUUGAAGAGUGCUUUGCCGUGUUACAGAGGUACGACAUGAAGCUCAACCCCCAGAAGUGCUCUUUUGAAGUGUCGUCAGGGAAGUUCCUAGGUUUCAUUGUGAAUGCCCGGGGAAUAGAAGCUAAUCUAGACAAGAUCGAGGCUUUAAUUGAUAUGCCCUCACCUCGAAAGCAUAAGGAUGUCCAAAGUUUGACUGGACGGAUGGUGUCGCUAAGUAGGUUUAUCUCGAAAUCUACAGACCGCUGUCUUCCGUUUUUCAACCUUUUGAGGGGAGGCAAAAAAUUCGAGUGGACAGAAGAAUGCGAGCUAGCUUUUUAUGAGCUCAAGAAGCACCUUGCAGAGCCUCCCAUCUUGUCAAAACCUAUCACAGGAGAAGUUUUGUACCUAUAUCUCGCUAUGAUCGAGCACACCAUUAGCACCGUGCUCGCCCGAGAAGAACAGAAGGUGCAAAAGCCAGUAUACUAUGUCAGCAAAAGAUUACUGUGGGCAGAAUCCAGAUACCCCAUAAUGGAGAAGUUGGCUCUUAGCCUAAUCCACUCAUCUCGAAAGCUCCGACCUUACUUCCAGGCGCACCGCAUCCAUGUGCUGACUGAUCAACCACUAAGACAAGUCUUAUCCAAGCCAGAAGCCUCGGGCCGAUUACUAAAAUGGGCCGUUGAACUCAGAAAAUUCGAGAUCACCUACCUUCCGAGGACAACCAUAAGGGACAGGCUUGGCAGACUUCAUAGUGGAAUGCACUGGAAUGAUUAACAAUGAAGUUAUAACCCCAGCCUGUGAGUUGUGGAAACUUUAUGUUGAUGGGUCUUCCAAUAAAAAUGGGUCGGGGGAAAAAAUAAUACUGAUCACCCCAACAGGAAGUUGAUUUCACUCCGCUUUGAGAUUUGGCUUUGAAGCGUCAAAUAACGAGACUGAAUAUGAAGCUCUACUGGCAGGACUUCGAAUAGCCAAGGAACUCAAGGCUAGGGCGAUACAUUGCUACAGUGACUCCCAGUUGGAGGUCAACCAGGUCUUAGGGGAAAACCAGGCUCGUGGGAUGAGAAUGGCUGCAUAUUUAGAAAAAGCAAAGGCAGCACUCGAGCAUUUCAAAUUUUACACAAUAGAAUAGGUUCCCCGAGAACAAAAUUUGAAUGCAGACGCCUUAGCCAGGCUCACCACAUCCACCAAGGUCGACGAGCUGCAUGUCGUGCCGAUCGAACAUUUAUCGACACCCAGUAUAAGCGAGCCUGAACAGGAAGAUGUUUGCAUGAUAAACUCUGAGCCGACCUGGAUGACCCCGAUAAUUGAGUACCUUGAAGCCGGCAUUCUCCCAGAAGAACAGACCAAGGCUCGAAAACUGAUGUAUCAGAUUCCCAGGUACACCAUUGUGGAUGGAAGGCUAUAUAGAAGAGGAUAUUAUAUGCCAUUGCUCCGAUGUGUGACUCCACCCGAGGCUAAGAAGAUCAUAGAAGAGAUUCAUGAAGGAUUCUGUGGAGACCACACUGGGGGGCAUAACCUAUCCAAGAAAAUCAUACGCCAAGGGUACUUCUGGCCUACCAUCAAAGCAGAUUCGUUUGAUUACGUCAAGAAAUGCAAUAAGUAUCAAUGGUUCGCCACAAUCCCUCAAGCUCCACCUUCUGAGCUAACUAUGAUGACCUCCCCAUGGCCAUUUACGGUCUGGGGAAUCGACCUCAUAGGCUCAUUGCCAACUGGCAAAGGCGGAGUCAAGUACGUAGUAGUCACAGUAGAUUACUUCACGAAGUUGACCGAGGCUGAACCUCUGGCAACAAUUACCUCGAAAGAAGUCUUGGACUUCAUGGUAAAGAACAUCAUCUGCCGAUAGGGGAUGCCAAGGAAGAUAGUGUCAGAUAACAGUACUUAAUUUGAUAGUGACUUGCUUACCAGCUUUUGCGAGAAAAAUGAGAUAUUAAAAAGCUUCUCCUUCAUGGCCCAUCCCCAAGCGAAUGGCCAAGCCGAGUUUGUAAAUAAAACCCUGAAGAGUUCUCUGAAGAAAAAGUUGGGAGAAGCUAAAGGGAAAUGGCCCGAAGAAUUGCCCCAAGUUUUGUGGGCACAUCGAACCAAACCCCGUACUUCAACGGGAUACACCCCUUUUUCUCUGACAUAUGGAUGUGAGGCUAUGCUGCCAAUUGAGGUCAAAAUAUCCACUAUUCGAACCCACGCUUAUGACCAAGCCUCGAACCAAUCCCAGCUCGAAGUAAGUCUGGACCUAAUUGAAGAAAAAAGGGACGAGGCUCAACUAAAAAAUGCUGCAUACCAACAACGAGCUACCCAGUAUUUCAUUAAAAGGGUUCGAGAUAGAAAAUUCAGUGUGGGAGAUUUGGUGCUGAGGUGUGUGUUCUUGGCAACACGGGACCCAACUGCUGGCAUGCUCGGGCCUAAUUGGGAAUGACCUUAUCAGAUCGAAUCAGUUAUCCAACCUGGCAUCUACAAAUUGGCAAGAUUGAAUGGGGAUUUGGUACCACAAGCAUGGAAUGGCGAACAUCUGUGACCUUACUAUCAAUAGUGCAGGAACAAUGACACCUGUAACCAUGCUUGUUUACCUUUGCUAUGUUUCUGUUAAUAAAUUGUUCAAUUAAGAAUAAACUUCGUUUUCAUUUCGAAUAUGCUGUAUUUUUUUUUUUUGCAAACUCUCUUGAUUUAAUAACCUACGGUCACACUCAUAGGAUAUUAAGGGGGCAUUAAUGAUAUAUAUACCGUUAGCUUGAAAAAAUAAAAUAGCAUAUACGAAAAGAAUAAAAGUGUUUGGAUAUAACCAAAUACGCGAGCUAAGAUAAUUUGGACAUAACCAAAUUAUUAAAAAUAAAAGUGCUUGGAUAUAACCAAAUACGCUAGCUAAGAUAGUUUGGACAUAACCAAAUUAUUAAAAAUAAAAGUGCUUGGAUAUAACCAAAUACGCGAGCUAAGAUAGUUUGGACAUAACCAAAUUAUUAAAAAUAAAAGUGUUUGGAUAUAACCAAAUACGCGAGCUAAGAUAGUUUGGACAUAACCAAAUUAUCAAAAAUAAAAGUGUUUGGAUAUAACCAAAUACACGAGCUAAGAUAAUUUGGACAUAACCAAAUUAUUAAGAAUAUAAGUGUAUGGAUUACAAGCCAAACACAACCUAAAUAAGUUUGGAACAAACCAGCUCAAACUAAUCGACAGUAAGUUGGAACAUAACCUACUUCAAGCUAAGUCGAGAUUGAGGCUGGAAUAUCUUGCAAAAAGAUAGUUUUGACCUCAUAACCUUGGGGAGCUACCCAAGGAUGAGGGAAAGUGACUAAAAAAGCAAGAUAUAACUAAACCACCUACGUUACACGCCAUAUAAGUACCUUCGGGUGCAUGGUAAAAGUAACUUUCGACCUUGACAAAUAACGAGAUCGGACACGAAUAUGUCAAGUAAACUAUGCAUGAAUACAUCGAAGCUUGAGCUUAAAAUCCACCACAUGUUUGUAUGAAUAAAAAGACAUAAGGACACUUAAUACGAAUUGCUUGAAAUAUUUCGACUUAAGAAAUAAAAAGCAAAAAUAUUAUAGUAAAGUCAAACACGAAUAUCAUAAAUAAAAGAAAAAAUAGCUCUUAAACGAGCUAUAAAUUGUCUUGGACCCAGGGGCCUAAAAAACAGAGUAUAAAAGCUAUUAAAAAAGAUUUAAAGGGACACAACCCCAUGUAGAGACUUAGGAGGGAGGAGCAUCCUCCUUAGCCUUCUCAACAUCCUCAUUGGCUCUCUCUGCCUCGUCCCGAGCAGCAUCCUCCGCGUCUAGCUGAGCCUGCCACUUGGCCAUGAAUUCUGCCUCGAAAGAGCCUAGGAAGCUGGUAUCGAGAUCAGCAAUACUGGCCCAGAUCCUAUACAUGGCCAGGUCGACCACCCGAUCCUUUUUCUCCUUAAACUCUGCAAGGAGACGAGCCUUUUCGCCCUCCAUUAUCUCAAAAGUGGCCGCCUUCUCCUCCUCAAGAUUGGCAUUGAUCCUCUCAAGCUCCGCGAGCUGAGCAUUCACCUUCUAGAGCUUGGCUGUCUUGGCCUUUAUUUGUUCAACUUCAGCCUCCAUCUUUGCCUUUGCGGCCUUGAGCUCGUCAGUAAGCUUGAGCUGGAGAUCCUUCGAUUCCUGGGCAUAGGACUUGCUCGAAUGGACCUCAUUAUUCAACUUAUAAUUAAGCUGAGUAGAGACAGCAAGAGCCUGACAUACAAAUAAAUCAAAUUAGAACAUACACCAAGUACAAGUACAACUAAUAAUAAGAUGAGGGAAGUUACCGCAGCAGUGAGCUUGACACUCUUAUUGUAAAGUGUGUUGCUGUCUCGAGCACUGUUCAAAAACUGCCACUGACGAGCGUCAAAGCCGCUAAAGCUCUGGCCUACCUGGGACAGAAUGUCCGAACCAAGUAUAGCCCCAUGGGGCCCGACAACAUUGUCGACUGCAUACUCAUCAGAAAUCGACAACAAGUGUGUUUUGGAAGCCGAGGGCUUUUUCAGAGGUGGGCCGAGCGUGGAGUAAACCGUGAUCGGAGGAGGCAAGGGAGGAACGACCGUAGUGGACGUUUUGAGCCGAGGAGUCGGAUCCACAGCUGGGCUCGUAACAGUCGGAGCUGGUGGAGGAGUCUUCUUAGUCCUCUUAAGGACCUUGGCGGGUUGGUCUGACUUUCGCGAGCCCCUCGGGCGCUUACUCCUCUGGGCCCCCUCGCCACUGGCGAGCACAAUGUCAAGGUCAGAGUCCAUAGCACUUGCACAAUUACACCACAUUAUAAGAUAUUCUAAGACAAAAGAGUUAGCAUGAUGCAGACACGCAAGGAAUAAAAAGACAAGUAGAGAGAAACCUAAUUGGAACUCUCCCCCGAGCUCGUGCUCGGCGACCACGUAAUUCCCCCAUCUUCAGAGGAGGUGGGGGGAGUACCUUCCCUAUACGUGGAAGUCAACCUCGAAAGGUCUCUAUAUUCAUUUGUCCCGUAUUGAACGACUAUUCCGUUCCAUACCUCGUUCAGACUAUACAUAGUGUCAUACUUCCCGAUCCAACUAUCGAACCUAUGAACCCUCUCAUCUACCUAGGACCAUACAUAAAAAUGGUCCCUAUCAUCCUUACACAAGACUAAUCUGUCGGGCUUAUGUUUAAUUAGUGAAGGAGACCAUAAGUCCGAGCUAAGGAUGACCAUACCUCUGUCGCUCGAGCUCGAGGCCUCGUCAUUUGCUUCAUUCCCCGAUUGCGGACUCCUGCGACGCUGAACUGGGGAUUUUUGCUUAGCACUUCACCUCGGAGGAAGGCUGCCAGUUGGGAGAGGCACAAACUCCCACUUGGUAUAUUUUUUGUUGGACUAGUCGAACGUGGACUGAUCCUUCUCUAGGAGGCCGCAGACUCGAAGCAUAUCUUCAUGAAGAAGAUAGGAAAGGGAGCGCCUGCCGUAGGGAAGUUGGAGCAAAGCCUCCUUAUGCUCUUUCAUCUCCUUGGUGGGAGUGGGUCGACAGUAGUUGGCUGGAAAAAUGAACAUAUUAUGACUAAUGCAAGCCUAAACAAAAAUUCGAGCACAAAAAGAAGAAAUUUUUUAGGUACUUAUGGACUCGCCUGAACGAGUAGUGUCUGGAAGGAGCCAGGCCAUCCGUCCAAAAGAAAGCCUUCUUGAAAUCUGGAGGAUGGUUGGGUAGAUCCUCAAAGAUUUUCUUCUCCUUGAGAUAGCUUGAAAGGUAAUAGAAGUCGUCUCCUCCCCGAGCUCAGGAGGGAUUGCUUUUUAAACAAAAGAGAUACAGAAUCUCCUUUAGUGAAGGUCCUUCCCACUUUAGCGUGGUAAAGCGACCUCAGGGCAGACAAAACCCUGUAAGAAUUGGUGUUGAGCUGGAAAGGGGAGAGCCCAAGGAAGUCCAAGAAGUUCUUGAAAAAGGACUUUAAGGGCAGUAAAGCCUCUGCCCUCAUGUGUUCCUGGCUCCAGGCCGCGUACUUCAGCUUGUUGUCAGGGUUCCCAUCUCCUGGGGUACGAAAACUUCGCUCGUGGGAUGUCGGAGGUCGACACCUCAUGGAGCUCGAUAAUCGAAUGUUGUGGAGGGCCAAGAUGUCGAAGAUCUGCCCUAAUGAAGAAAUCAAGCUCCAGUAGUGCUCGAUCUCGAAGAAUUCUCUCUUCGAGGUGGGAAUGGAGGUUGACUGCGAGGUAGAAGGGAGGUUCGACGGUUCUCCCAUCAGUGAAAAUUGAAGGUCCCCCGGCUUAAAGGCGAUUAUUAUUCUAAGAGUGGGAUCGAGGGGGAUUGGUCUGGGCUCGGGGUCUGGAUCUGGGUAUAUGGCAUCCCUAAGUCUCUUCCUUUUCCUCUCCUCGACCUCGUUGAUUUGACGUCGAAAUUGAUCUCGGGUAUCUUCUUUCUCACGCCUUAGUUGAUGCUCCUGAAUCAGAUGCUGGUUCUGGGUGAAAGGCAACUCUAGGCUCGGAGCCUUCGGUGAGUAAGGAAUUUCGAGCUUUGAACCCCACCGCUUUCUUGAGUUUUGUGACAUCUAGCAAGAGAGCAAAAGAGUGAGGGCUAGGCAAACAAGAAAGUAAGAAUGAAAAUCAAGAUGAUCUAAGCUCAAAUGAUCGAGGCUACAAGGCAAACUCGGUCCAAAGGACGAGGCCAGUCUCGGAGCGUGUAUUCCAUGAAAAGAAAGGAAGGUGGAUUUAUUUUUGAAGAUCCCAAUAUUUCAGGGAAAAAAGUUGGCAGUUACUCAAAAAGUGAUAUUUUUGGGAAACGUACAAUUUAUAAAACCCUAAUUUUGUACCCAAUAUCUUGGUGUACAAGAUAUGUCAUCCGAAAUUCAAAAACUCAGUAAAAGAACCAUGUUUGGGUCUUGUACGCAUGAUCUGGGUUUGGAACCCGUGAUAUUAGAACUUAAGACUAGUAUUUAUCAGCCAUAACACUCUAGUGUGCAAAACUAGUGAGUGAACCAACAUUGCAACAAUAUAAACAUGCAUGAAAACAAUGUAUAUACACGGGCAUACGAAGCUAUGAACAGAUACUAACACAAUGCAGUCGGUGAAAAUAGAGAGAUUGAUGACCGAAUAAGCGGUUGCAAAAAUGAUCUCACGGAGUCGAAGAGGCCAACAUUGCUUUGUCUUCUUGGCUUGGAGAACAUGCAAGAACUGGGAAAAAAUUUCUGGGUUGUUCUUCUUUUGUCUUUCUGAAAGCUUGAACAUGAAAGUAAAGUGGGAAAGACGAGUGGAGACAUAUUUAUAGACCCAUGGGAAUGUAAAAAAGCCAAAUUAAUCUGGGCCAUUGGCCAGAUUCCGUAUCAGAUUCGACGGUCAGGGACCUGUGAAAUGAUAGUACCAUAAAGAUUGGCAGGCGAACGAACGUGGUCAGGGUUCCAAGGCACUCAAGUGCUUAGAUUGGUCAAUGCCCGGCUGACGCGUUUCCAUACUCGAGUGUAUUUGAUGGUACAUUUUUCAAGAGGAGCAGUUCAAAAGUUUCCUUCUCAUAAGAUUCGAACUGAUACUUUUGAGGGGGCAAAAUGUUACACCCAGAUUUUGAGAUAAGAGGUUAUGACCUCGAAAGCUGGGCUCGUCAAGUGUGAGCUCGAAAGGUAUGAAAACAUUGUAUAGUCCAAUUGUAAAAUCUCUAAAGUAAAACUACGACCUCAAAGAUGUGUAGCCUCGGGAUAUUUUCUGAGUUCGAAUGGCACGACACUGGGAUACAUCUGUUACCGUUUGUCUUCUAGAUAAAACAGGCCAAGCUUGGGAAGUGCAAGCUCGGGUGUGAUAGCUUCGACAAUAUCUAUCUACUCUGAGCAUGUCCUGAAGUUGGGUGACAAAUUCGUAACAGUUCCAUAAGUCUUGAUAGUCACAAUGCUGAUUGCUGAUCUUGAAGACCUGAUGAGUCACCUGGGAUAGCCCGUUACGUGUGAAUAUAUUUAUUGUUGUGUAAUCCUGAUAUUUAAGGGAUACCAUUUAGUCUGUUAUCUGUUCCCGAUUCUUAUGGGACGUUUCCAUGUAUAUAGGAGAAAUUUCAUUUAAUGUCAUUAUUUGAAUUGAUAUACAGAAUAUCUUCCCGAAAUAUGUGGGAACGAACUCUGUAACCUUCCCUAUAAAUAGAGGAGGAAUGACCACGUGUAAAGGAUCGAUUUCUGAUUGCUUGAGAGAAAGCUCUGGGUAAUUCGUCUCUGAAGAAUUUCCAGAAAACUCUGAGCCUUAAUAACAUAGACUCGUGGACUAGGCAGAAUUAACUGCUGAACCACGUAAAAACCUUCUUGUUUUUCUUCAUUAUUCAUUCUCUUCAUAGUUCACAUUGUUUAAUUGCUCUACGAUUUAAGUUGACGAAAAACGGUGUCAACAACCUUAAACAAGCAAAAGCAAAUACUCUUCUUCAUCUUCUUCAGUUCAGGAAUCAUGGGAUUAGCCUCUGUCUCGCAGGUUUUCUCUCUCACCUGGGUUCUCUCUCUUUUUCUCGUGGGUUCUCUCUCUCGUGGGCUCUCUCUCUCCUAGGUUUUCUUAUUUGGGGAUUUAUAAAUUUCAUAGCCAUGGAUUGAUACUCGCAGGUUUUCUCUCUCAUCUGGGUUCUCUCUCUCGUGGGCUCUCUCUCUCUUCUAGGUUUUCUUAUUUUGGGAUUUAUCAAUUUCAUAGCCAUGGAUUGAUAACCCAGGUAUAAAAAAGGAGACCAGAGAAAUUGUUUUAAUUUCCCUCAUUUAAAUAUUGAUUAAAAUGUUAGCUAGGGUUACUAGCUAUGGCCUAAAGUUGACAAGAAAGUAAUAAAACUAGUUAGUAUAAUCAUUCAUGUUUGAUGAGAUCAUAGUAAGUAAAUUGUGUACUCUUUUUUUGAUUUAAAUAAAUUUAAAUUACUGUUUGUGAAAGCUUUUUAUUUAAGUUUCACGGACAAUCAGCAAUGAUAGGAAGUAAGGAAUAAACCCAAAACAAUUAUAAUAAUAAGUGUAGUGCAUCUUUGUCUUUUGUUCUUCUCUUCGAAAACUAUUCGUAUCAUUUCCAAUGCAGAUUGAUGCAUUUCCUUUAAAUAUUGACAAUAAUCAUGAUGAGCAUCCUUUCAUUAUUGUUUCAUUGCCUCUUAAUAAAUUAAUGACUUUAAAAAGUCUCAUAACUUUUUUUACUAUUAAUUUAUUGAAUACCACAAUUGAAAGCCUAGGGACUCCUAGAAGGAGGUCGUAGUGAUGAUAAUAAGCAUUGAUAUUGAUUUCAGUAAUUGUGUCUGUUAAUUUUAUGGCAAUGGCCAUGGAUUCCAUCCUACAAAGGAAGAUGGUGAGAUGGUUCUAGUCAUGUUAAUUUAUGUACAAAUCUCAAACUUAACAUACUCUCUCAUUAACAUAAUGGAUGGCUAAGAUUGUUUUGACUAUACUGUUAGAACUUUCAUUUGUGUGUAUGAAUUAUUAAAAAUAAAUGAAAAGUCUUUUUGUGAAUCUCCUUAGUAUUAGAAGUCUCACAUUGAUUAUGAAUACUUCUUUAGAAGUGUAUUUAGAGUGGACACUGCCCCAAGAGAGGAUACCCAUUUUUGUAAAGGUGGGUGCCUGUGAGAAUCCAACUGCUAAGUCCAGUUGGAAUUAGUAUAUGCUUACAUCUCAUAUUAUCUUUCUCAAAUUUCAUUCACAGCAUAAUUUAUUCUUUAUAUGGUAGCUAGUAUAUUGUAUGUGCUAAUUUUUUUCUUCUGGAUUUGGCUUCUUUAGUCCUAUUCCAGCAUCAAAACUUUGGUCAGUGCAACCACACCACAAACAUUUUAGAUCAAUAUGAUAGGCCACCUAUACGCUUUAUUUAUAAUAGGAGGCAUCCUAAAUAGCUCUGUGACUCAUUCUUUAGGAUUUAGCUGUCUAUAGGUUAUUAGUUAAUUAGUCCAACUGCCACUGUAUUACUGGACCGACUAACAUUUUGGGGUUAUCAUGGAGAUAUCUAUACAAUAGGGAAAUAAAAUCAUUGUAAGGGGGGAAAAACUAAGUUUGAUUCUAUUGGAGAGCUUCACCCUCUAAGAUGGUGGAAAUAGGAAGCCGGGGCCUCUCGAAGUUCUUCCAAAUUGUAAUUGUUUAAUAUCAUCAAUAAAGUGAUUUUCUUGUGGGAGUUCGUUUAUUGUGUGGAAAUUCGGAUAGAUAAGUUCUUACCUAGAAAGAAUCUAUCAAUUUGGUGCGGUGAGUUGCGAAUAUGGGGCCAAAGAAGGCAACUGAACGAUCAGACAACGUGGAGGAAAAAAUGGGAACCAUGAAGAUUGAACUUGCAGCAGUCAACGAAUCAAUAUAGGAAAUGGGAAGGCAGAUGCAACAACAACUACAUAAACAGUUUUAGAGUUUCUUGGAGAUUUAAGAAAAUUCAAGAAAAGGUCAAGAAUCGGGAGAGCACUCAGAAAAAGGGUCAGGCAUCAAAGAUAAUUCUGAUCACCGAGAUGAGGACCGCAGGGGCAAUCCACUUGAGAACCAACGAGACAAACCCAAGGUGAGUGACACAAACUGUGGCUGAUCUCAAGGGUCGAACCCUCAUCGUCAAGAACAGCACCUGAAGAAACUCAAAAUGCCAACAUUUGAUGGAGACAAUCUCGACGAGUGGAUCUUGCAGGCUGAGCAAUACUUUUCUUGCUACAACUAUAGUGAAAUGGAAAAAAUAGAAGCAACCUUUAUCUCCUUCACCGGUGAUGCCCUAUUAUGGUAUUAGUAUGAAAUAAAAAAAAGGGCGAUAUUCAGUUGGGAAGAAGUGAAGAGACUCCUACUUAAACAUUUUCGGGACACCCAAUUAGGAUCCACUUAUGACUAAUUCCUCUCCGUUAAACAAGAGGGCUCGAUAGGGGAGUACACCAAGAAUUUCAUUCGGUUAUCAGCACCCUUGGAUAACAUUACCCCUGUAGUUUAGCUGAGUACAAAACCCUCCUGGCUGAGAAGAAUGGGUUCCUAGUAGGACUCAAUGCCAUAGAAACCCAACAACCCCACUUAGAUAUGGAACAACCCAAGUUUUUGUAGCCCACCAUAGCCAAACAUGCCCCCUAUUUGUGGAACCAGAUGGAUUGCCUCCAACAAGACAACCUGAGCAAGCUAUAACUCUUCUACCCAUCACAAAUCCCAUAAGCGUGCGCCCCUACCAUUAUCCGCACUAUCAAAAGAUAGAAGUCGAAAGACUAAUUCAAGACAUGUUGGCCACCGACAUUAUACAGCUCAGUACUAGCCCAUUUUAAAGUCCCGUGUUGCUAGUGAAGAAGAAAUACGACUCUUGGAGGUUUUGCAUCGACUAUAGGGCACUCAACCGUGUGACAAUACCAGAUAAGUACCCUAUUCCAGUCAUAGAUGAAUUAAAUGGUGUUGUAUUCUUCUCUAAACUGGAUUUAAAAUCAUGUUAUCACCAAAUUUUGUUCAAAAAAGAAUAUGUACACAAGACGGUAUUUCGAACUCAUGACGACCAUUACGAAUUCCUAGUCAUGCCCUUUGGGUUGACCAAUGCUCCAACCACCUUUCAAUCACUAAUGAAUGAUAUUUUUCGGCCACUCCUACGGAAGUCGGUUCUAGUAUUUUUUGAUGACAUUCUUGUGUACAGCAAGACCGAAGAAGACCAUGUGCGACACCUAGACCAAGUCUUCACCAUCCUAGCCACUCACAAGUUGUUCGUCAACAAGAAGAAAUAUGCCUUCGACCAGCGGAAAAUUGCUUACUUAGGCCACAUGAUUUCUUUCCAAGGAGUGGCAGCCGAUCCGUAAAAGAUUCAAACAAUGGUAGCGUGGCCAACUCCAACAACUUUGAAGCAACUAAGAGGUUUCCUUAGCCUUAGUGGUUAUUAUAGGAAAUUCAUGGCAAAUUAUGCGCAAAUAGCUCAACCUUUCACAUAUCAAUUAUGAAAAGACCAAUUUGGAUGGACAACAUCAGCUGAAGACGCCUUUCAAGCUCUCAAAUCUGCCACGGUAUCUGUUCCCAUUCUCAAGCUACAGUUAAACAAGAUGUAUAAAGAGAAGUUAAAAACUAAACACUUAAGGAUGUUUGGUUGAGGGUAAUGGAAUGGAAAAUGAUCAAUUUUCAUUUCACUCAUUUGUUUGGUUGCAUUUUAGACAAUUGGAAUAUCAUUUCAAUGAAAUAGUUUCUCCAUCAUUUUGGUGGAAUGACUAUUCCAUUUGAAAAUAGGAGGAAAUACCAUUCCAAUCUGUGGUGGAAUAGAGGAAGAAGACAGUAAUGGCAAGUCGAAGAGUGAUAGUAGAAACAGAGUCAGAAAGCACAACCGAUACACAGACCGAGUCAGAAUCAUCGAAGAAUGACGACUUGAAAUGGUUGAAAGACCUUCCAUAUGAUCCAAUGGGAAAACUUUCAUCCCAUCUCGAAUUCCAGAGAACCCGGGUUGAAUGCAAGGCUGAUGCUCCCAUUCAUAUUGAUAUCGGUUCAGGUUCCAACAAUGGCUAUUGAAAAAGUUCUUAUUGCAAAUAAUACAUCAGUUGUUCAAGACGAAGUUCUUUCCCACAGGUUGGGUCUCAUUCCAAUCAAGGUUGACCCGAGAUGGUUUGAAUAUGCAGACAAUAAUACACAAAAUGAAAAGAACACUAUUGUGUUUAAGCUCCAUGUUCGUUGUGCAAAAGGCAUGCCUCGCAUUGCAGUAAAGUCAAAUGAAUUGAAGUGGUUACCCCAUGGAAGUGAGUUUCCUUUGAUCUCAGAAAAUUUGAAGUCUGGUUCAUCAUCAAAACCAAGAACAUACACAUCAUUCGCUUGUAGCCAGGAUUCCUUUCCAGUGUUUUCCAACAACCCAAUCACAAAUAUGGAAAACAUUAUUAUAUCUAAGCUGGGCCCUGGCUAGGAAAUUGAAUUAGAAGCACACGCUGUUAAAGGCCCGGUAAAACUCAUGCUAAGUGGUCCCAUGUGGCUACUGCCUGGUAUAGGAUGCUUCUUGAGGUUGUAUUAUUGCAAAAAGUUGAAGACGAGUCAGUUGUGGAACUAAAAUAUAAAUGUCCGGUCAAUGUCUUUGAUAUUGAAGAUAUUGGCAACAGUAAACUGAUGUUCUUUUCUCUUAAAAUUCCUUCUUGAUAUGAUUAUAAAUCUUUCUUCUUUUUGUCAGACUUUUUUUUUUCUUUUUAUUUCUUUCUUGAUUGUCAAUUCGAACAUUCAACAGGUAAGAAACGAGCUACAGUAGCACAUCCACACGAUUGAACUCUUUGUAGGGAGUGCAUCAUAGGUGGCGAACAAUGGAAGGAUCGUGUUUCAUUACACCGAGUUAAAGAUCAUUUCAUAUUGGCCAGAUUUAAUGAGGUUGUUGCAAAGGCUCUGCCAGGGGGAGAGCUUAGAAAAAAAAAUCAAGAACUAGUUGAAGAAGAUAUUGAUGUUUGGGUUGCUGGUAAUUAUGAGAUUAGGGUGGCUGCCACUAUGAUGCUGUUGCUAAUUCAACAGCCUCUGUAGUGCUUUCAGCUGGCUUAAACUAUUGAGUUCCAUGCAUGUUUGGUGUUAUGACUUGUGCGACAUGGAUCGGGUGUCAAACCGAGCUGGUGCCUAGAUGGCGUGCAGCAAAUUGAGAUGGUGUCAUUGUUCGAGCACCAUCUUUAAAAAAAAAAUUUGGGUAGUUCAGAUGGUCAGACAUAAUUUGAGUCGAUCCUAGGCACCUACAUAGUAGUAGGCUUGCUCUAGUUUCAUGGGAACUAAAAGAUACUCCUUGCAAGUUAAGAAUUGCAAGGGCUUCUUCUACAUUAAAAAUUUUGAACUUCAUUGCUAAAUAUCAAAUAUUACAUUGCAUAAUACCA